CGCACUGUAGCAGAAGCUGCGGUGAGAAGUGUGAGAGGCUGAGGGACAGUGGGCUACGGCAGAUGGACACUGUACCGUCAGAAAAUCACUAGCGACGCGUUGGACGGAGUGUGGACUCGUGAAGGGAAGAUGUCUCGUCUAUGGGUGCUGUGUGUCCUCCUUGGUUUGGUGCGCGCGCAAAGUGACAUGGUCUUUACUCUGGGAAAGUUCCAGAAUGUGAGCAUCCCAGUGAACGGGAGUGUGGAAGUGAACGUGUCCCGAAUUCCAGCUGAAGCGGCCUUCGUCAUGUUGCAGUUUCACACUCAGCACCGCAAUGCCACCAUCUCAUACACAAGAGUCCCAGCGUAUGGUUCCUACCUCACCGCAGUCGACUCUGGCCUGCUGUUUCCUUUGUCACCAGCUCAGUCGACCCUCUCGUGCUUUCUGCUGGCUCCAAGCACUGACCCCGUUGCUGGAAUAGGAGUUAUCCUGCCUUACUCAAGCACUGACCCUGUCCCUGGGGCCUGCAAUCUGGAGUUUCCACUGGAGAUCGAUCCAAACCUCUACCUGCACUAUAACCUCUAUGAGACAACCAUUCGCUUCGCUCCUGCUAACAUCGGACAUGCGAGAGGAGUCUCUCCGCCGGCAUGUGAUUUGGAAAUUGGGUCAACCAAUCGCUGGCGGUUAAUUUAUGAUGUGUACCAGUACUUCCUUCCCGAGAACGACCUGUCGGAGCGGAGUCUGAUGAUCGGCAUGGAGGCGGUUGCCAGGGUGCCUACCAUGGUGGGAGAUGGUAGAAAGCUGAUGACGUUAUCCUCUCAAGAUAAAACCAUGGUGUCCCUUAACUCCAUCCCGGGACAAGGAGUCAUCUACUACGUCAUCGUGAGAGACCCCAUCUACAACACCUCAGCUGCCUACGUACCCGUGCACACUUACGCCUGCAGCUUCAACUCCACUUUAGACGGAUGCACCACACAAGGGAGAAUUUCCACCAAAGUGUUUUUCACCAUUACUGGCCUUGCAGGACUACUUCUGUGUUUCUUAGGGCAUCAUUUUUUCAAAUGUGAGCUCUUCUGUUUAGGCUUUGGCUUUGCAGCUUUCUUCUUCUUUGUGCUGAUCAUGAGAACCACCACGCUGGAUUAUGACUUGCAGUUGGCUCUGACGGCCCUUGUAGGCGUCGUAGGGGGCGUGUUCCUGGUGAUGAUGUGGUGGCGCUUCGGCUCGGUGAUGGCCUGCGUGACUGUCGCCGGCCUCAUGCUCGGCUUCCUCAUCUCUUCCAUCGUCUUUUUCACGCCACUUGGUAAUCUCUCUGUGUUUCAUGAUGACGCGGUGUUCUGGGUGCUGUUCAUCUGCAUUGUGCUAGUCGUGCCUCCGUUUUUGAUCAGAUGGCCAAAAGUGGGUAAUAUAGUAACAUGCGGGGUUGUGGGAGGCUACAUGGUAGUGCUAGCUGUGAACGCCUACAUCUACACCAGCCUGUCCUACAUCACACUGGACGUCCUGAAACGUCUCCUCAAUGACAACUUCGGAAGAGUGUUUAUAACCGUACCGCUACAGAUGAUUGACUUCAUCCUAAUCAGUGUCUGGGCAGUUCUGGCCGUGUCUGGCAUCGGGCUGCAGCUGUACAGAGAGCGCUCAAGGCCAUCAUUUCCACCGAGCCCUUACAUUUUGUGGUGUCAAGAGCGGGAGCGCCGUAGGACCAACGUCUUAGACCCAAGCCACCACACGCCAUCUCUGCCUGCCCGCCUGCUGGACCGCUUCCGCCAGCUCACCCGUCAUCAAGAGCAUGCUGGAGAGCGUACACCGCUGCUCCUCUGAGCUCUGACCGCUGACCUUUGACCAGGCUGACGGUCACCCAUGCUGCCAUCAUCUGUACUGAGAGGUGACUUAAGAGAAGCAUACUGAAUACACAGUCUCAGGGCCCACUACGUGACUUAUUUACACAAUUUAAAGGCUCAUCUGACUUUUCAGCUAAUGAUCAUCUCGAGUGCAGUAUGAUUUUUGGUUAAGAGCUCUUGAAUGUAGAUGAAAUUUAUCAUGUGAAGUGGUAAUGAGUAAUUAAAUACAGGUUUACAACAUUGCCAAAACAGGGAUGAAUGAAGGUCUUCAGCCAUCUGAACGAACUAAUACGAGACCUCUGGUGUCCGCCAUUUUAAAAGUCAGAAGGAAGUAUGAAAUAGGAAUAACUUUUAUUUUUAAAGAGCCUUAAUGUGAUGACAAGUUUGAGAAUUUUUUUUAAACUGUUUACAUAAAAAGUCAAAGAGCAACAUAAUUAAAUAUUUUAUAGGAUUGUUUUUGUCUUCACCCUGCCUGAGGAGAAGUAGCCAAAAUGCUAGGCCUGAGAAGUUGACAGAGGGACCAUCAGUUUAUUUUACACACUCAGUUCAAAGAUAUGAACACUGCAUGUUUAAAACUGAUGAUUUCUCAAGCAAGUAAAACUCCAAGGAGGGUUUAAACCUUCAUAUGUAUUUUAAAACACUUAAUAGGACACAUUGCCCUCUUGGUGUAGUCUUUUAAGCCAUGUGUGCUGUUGCGUUCUUUACUGCUCUCACUAGACCUCCUGGAGGAGAAUGCUCCUGGACUGUGCUGGAGAACUUCAUAUCUGUUUUCAUAUCUGUUUUCUCAACCCAGUGAUCUUUUACCACAGCUACCCACUUAACAGCUGAUGUUUAAUUUAGACUACCUUUCUUUUUUUCUUGAACAGAAAGAUCUUACUUUGAAGACACCAUGGUGUGCAUUUUGGGAUAAAUUUGACCCUUUUAGAGAAAUGUGAAAUUAGUUACGAGGGUGUUUUAAGUGUUUGGGUUUCAUGACCACAUGAUAACCACUUGCUUAAUAAUUACCACUUAUUUAUCCACUUAUUAACUAUUGCUUAAACAAUCUUUCUGUUCCAUUACGAUCCUCCCCAUGUGGGUGGUUUAUAAAUCCCCCAGCCUCGAGUCCUGUUAGAGGUUCGGGGCCAGAGAACCAGAGGACCAUAUCGGCUUUGGGUGCCAGUUUCUUGUCUCAGGGCUUUUGUAAUAACGCCACACGUCCAGGUGGCCCGGCGUCAACACAGUGUACUUGUUUGCAGUGUCUGAUGUCGUUUCUCUAUACAAGUUGCAAUAAUUAUCUAAAGUUUGUAUUUUAAAACUGCUUGCUAGUUCUGUCUGUUAUUUAUGUUUUUGCAGAAUGUUUAACAUUGUUUAUUUUGUAAUAGAUGAAAAUAAAAGCUAAUAAAGUUUUGUGUAA